UUCAUCAGGAAGGCAAGACACCCUGCGGUUUCCUAUUCAUGUGACUGCUACAUCUUACGCUAGUGUUAACAGUAGUAGGCAUACAAGAGUUGCGACACAAAAGCAUUUCAGGGUCUACGGUCCCUGUUGAUAAUCGGUGAAAUCUCCAUUCACAAUGUCUCUCCCUGACAAUUUGCCGGAGAUGGAUGGAGCAGACCUGCUCGGUCUCCUCUUUGAAGACCAAGACGUUGGGACCCAAGGUCCAUUAUUCUCUAAUGGGGAUAUGCUUGACGACUGGCUGUCAGAACAAGAUGUGCUGAACGCCAUGGACACGGAGGACUUCCUCAACAGCCUGCUGGGCGAGGAGGUGACCGCCGACGCAUCGUCCUGCCUCUCGCACUCGCCCUGCGGCAGCGACAGCGGCAUCUCCGACGACAGCGGCGGCUGCGGAGGCGCCGGUGCCAACUUCGUUUGCCCCAGCCCCCAGAGCAGCGACACGGAGCUGGCCUGCAGCCCUGUCUGUAUGGACGACUCGCCCGAGGUCCUGGCUGUCCAGUCGGACCACAGCUACUCCCUCAUACAGAACGACGGCAGCAUGCUCGAGAGCGUCAGGUCCGAAAGACCCGACUCUGACGUCUUCAUCGAUCUCAAUGACCUGGAGGAGGCCAUGAUUGAAGACGACUGUUCUGAUGAGCUUGACUGUUCUGAUGAGCUUCCCUGCUCUCUCACAAUCGAGGAUUCAAUGUAUCAGAAUAACUCUCCAGAGCAGUUCCAGUUCAAGGAGAUUGUUCUUACUGAUGAAGAGAGGAGGCUUCUUGCAAAAGAAGGCGCUACGAUACCAAGCCACAUGCCUCUCACAAAGGCUGAGGAGCGAACGCUGAAACGUGUGAGGAGAAAGAUCCGGAACAAACAGUCUGCCCAGGAGAGCCGCAAGAAGAAGAAAGCCUAUGUGGAUGGUCUUGAGAACAGGGUUGCAGUGUGCACUGCCCAUAACCAGGAACUACAGAAGAAAGUCCAGCUCUUGCAGAAGCAAAACAUGUCUUUAAUUGAGCAGCUCAGAAAACUUCAGGCCAUUGUGAAACUGUCCACAAUGAAGACCACCACCACCAGCACCUGUGUUAUGGUGUUCCUGUUGUCCUUCUGUUUGAUUAUAUUCCCAUCUGUGAAUCCAUUUGGCAGCAAUCAACAAAAAGGAGAGCUGUAUGCUCCCUCACAUGUGAUUUCAAGGAACAUCCGCUCCCUGGACACGUCAGCCGAGCUGCUGCUGGAGGUGGAGGACGUGGACGUGGGUGUGGGUGUGGGAACGCCGUUGGUGGAGAACGCCAUCCUCUCCAAACACAACCAGACGCCAGGCGUGCAAACGGUGGAGCAGCCCGACUCGGAGACCGGUGUCAACAGCAACUCGUCGUCCGACUUCCCCAACGCCGCUGCCCAGCAAGACCUGAAGCCGAGCACCAACAGGGCCUCCGAGGGCCACUGGGACGCUGCCCCCGCACCCGUCGUCUACGAGGGCAUCAACGCCAAGGAGAACUGGAUCGACCCCAAACCGACAUCGGUCAUCUUACAGCAACACCGUUCCGACGAGAUGUAGGCCUGAAAGGGAUAUUUUUUGUUUUUCUUUCAUUUGUUUUUUUAAUUCAGGGAUAUUACUCUCUGAAGGGCCCCAUAAAAGACCCUUAUCUUGACCUCUGUUCCUAGUGUCCUAUGGGCAACUUGUGCAAUUCCUGUUAUUUGUAAGCCUUGAUAUAUGUUUAUAAAUGUAAUUAAUUAACAAGAUGAGAUUUCACACAGGGCCCUUCAAAUGAAAUGUCAUAUUUUUUUGUUUACGUUUUUUUCAAAUGUAGAAAGUACGUUGCUACUGAGCUUUUGACUGCACUUUCUUUAUGCACCUUCAAAGCUACUUCCUGUGUAACAGGCCAUGUCAUGCAAAGAGAAAUGUAAGUUUGUCCCUCAGUGUUCACGUUUGAUAAAGUGAUGGGCAUGAACUCAUCAUGUGCUCACAUAAAGCCAUUGCUGGGCAGUUGGCCAUUAGUUGUAUUCAUUUCCCUUGUAACAAGGGUGUCCAUGCUUGUAGUAUUUCUUCAGGUUACUUAACCUCUUUAGAUGUUUGCAGAUGCCAUUGGCUUGAAUUAAAUAACGAAGGACUGUCCAGUGUCCACCCAGCCCCUACCCACCCCUAAUUUCUGUUCUGUAAUUUAUUUUAUUUUUGCUUAAUGUUUUUUUUGUUUAGCUGUAAAUAUGAUUUGCAACCAUUUUCUGCUAGCACUAUGUUGGCUUGUAAUCAUCUUUCAAAAGGUUGUGGGUUUGGACGUAUCUAGAUUCAUCUAGAUUGGUUCCUGAAAAUGUAAUGACCUGCUUAGUCAGUGAUGCAUUUAGUUAUCUGUAAUUUAGUUACAUUAUGUAUUUUAUUUGUGCUUGUAAAGGUAUGUUAUGGGUCCCUUCUUUAAUUUUUUCACCUGUUCAUGAUAGUGUAAGGAAAUAUUAAUGUUAUAAAGUAGCACUGAUGUAUCCUAGCAUAGACUGUGAAUGUGUACAUCUUUCGUCAGAUCAUGUUACUGAAAUUACUCAAUUCAAAUGAAUGUUUUAUUAAAAAGGUCUUAAAGCUUGA